GCAGCAGAGGCCGCAGCCUGCGGCGCCCAGCCCGCUCCUCCGCGCCAUGGUCCCGCGCGCCCGGCGGCGCCGCCCGCUGCCCGCGUGGCUCGCGCUCUGCGCGCUGCUCUGCCAGCUGCAGGUGACUUUUCAGAUCACCCCUCCGUGUGCCAGUGAAAGGCAGUAUGAGCGUUUCGGACGGUGCUGUGCCAAAUGUGAGCCAGGAAUGUACAUGUCGUCCAAGUGCACUGCUACCUCUGAAAGCAUCUGUCUGCCCUGUGGUCCGGAUGAAUACCUGGACACCUGGAAUGAAGAAGAUAAAUGCUUGCUGCAUAAAGUGUGCGAUACAGGCAAGGCCCUGGUGGCGGUGGAGCCCGGCAACCGGACAGCCCAGCGGCGCUGCGCUUGCAUAGCCGGCUACCAUUGGAGCGAGGACUGCGAAUGCUGCCGCCGCAACGCUGAGUGCGCGCCGGGCUUCGGCGCCCAGCACCCCGUGCAGCUCAACAAAGACACGAUGUGCACGCCCUGCCUUGUAGGCUAUUUCUCGGAUACCUUUUCUUCCACAGAAAAAUGCAAACCCUGGACCAACUGUACCAUUCUUGGAGAGACGGAAGCUCGUCACGGGACUGAUAAAUCGGAUGUGGUUUGUAGUUCUCCUCUGCCAUCUACAAAACUGCCAAAUGAGCCCCAGAUUUAUUUGCCCAGUCUGAUUAUCCUGCUUCUCUUCAUAUCUGUGGCAUUAGUUGCUGUUGUCAUCUUUGGUGUUUACUAUAGGAAAAAAGGGAAAACACUAACAGCUAAUUUGUGGCACUGGGUCAACGAGGCGUGCGGCCGCCUAGGUGGAAAUAAGCAGCAGGAACCCUCGGGCAACAAUUUCAGCAGCAGUCAUGUGGAAGCCUCUAAUCAGCGUGACAUUUGUGACGGUGUCUUACUGCUGACUCUGGAAGAGAAGAUGUUUUCUGAAGAUAUGUGCUGCCCAGAUGGUGGUGGUGUCUGUGGGGGUGCAUGUGCCAGUGGUGGUCCCUGUGCUCAGCAAGAAGAUGCCAGGAUGCUUACCUGGGUCAGCGAGAUCGAGGGGGACCCCUUCAAGCAGAUUCCCAUGGAAGACGAGUACGUGGACAGGCCCUCCCAGACCCCGAAUUCUUUACUCUUCUUUGCUCAGCCUGGAAGCACUUCCACACCCCCAUUCCCUGAGCCCCUGGAGGUGGGGGAGAAUGACAGUUUAAGCCAGUGCUUCACUGGGACAGAGAGCCUGGCGGAUUCCAAAUGCUACAACUUGGUCGAGCCCCUGUGCAGGACUGACUGGAUCCCCACGUCCUCUGAAAAGUACUUGCAAAAAGAAGUAGAGGGCGGCAGUGGCCCUCACUGGGCAGCCUCCUGCACAGGCUGUGGCAACCCUCCAGGGGAGGACCGAGAGCUCCUUAUGGGUUCCUCGGAAAGUGGACCCUUGCCCCAGUGUGCCUACGGCAUGGGCCUCCCGCCCGAAGAAGCAGCUGAUGGGGCAGAGGACGGAGGCCAGCCUGUGGACGGGGCUCAUAUAAGGCCUCCCAGCUACAGCAGGGGAGGUCCUGGGUCUGGAAGCCCCUCCAGUGACCAGCCACCUGCAUCUGGAAAUGUGACUGGAAACAGUAACUCCACGUUUAUUUCCAGCGGGCAGGUGAUGAAUUUCAAGGGCGACAUCAUCGUGGUCUACGUCAGUCAGAACUCCCAGGAGGGCCCGGCGGGGCCGGGCAGCGGCGCGGGGGAGCCGGUGGGCCGCCCGGUGCAGGAGGAGAGCCCGCCGUGCUGCGAGUCGUUCGCGGGCCUCGGGCCGCGCUUCCCGGACACGUGCGGCAUCCCCGAACCGGACAAGGCCUCGCGGCCGGUGCAGGAGCAGGGGGAGGCCGAGGCCCGUGCGCCCGGGGCGCAGCGCUGAGAGCGCAGGGACCCUCUGCGGCUCUCGACGCGCCUCGGGGCCGCGCUGCCACCGGACAGGCCGCGAACUCCGGGCCAUCAGCCCGCCCUCUGCUCCCGCAAGGCCCUACCUGGCGGCGCUGGCCGCGCGCACCUGCACCUGGGCGGGGGGCGGGGCCGGGGCCGGGGGCGGGGCCGGGGCCGAGGGCCGGGCGGCGGCCCUGAUCUGCACCUUUACACCUUCCUCUCCAUUGGGUACAUCUGCGUCCAAUUACUGACAUUCUCUUCCCAUCCUGCUCUUCAUAGAAUCGGGGACUUUUAAAAAACGUACCGCUUACUGAUAUUCAGUCACAUAUCAACGAAUAACUCAGGUACACGUUGCUGUCUUUGGUUCCACUUUUUACUCCCUUUGAUGAUUUUUCUCCCUUCCCUCUCACCUUCCAUUAUCAUUUCUUCAGUAGUUUGUCUCUUUAUGACAUCUGUUUUUAUGACGGUCCUGUUCUAUUUGGAUCUGUUAUUGUUUCCCCCUGUAUUUGUAUGUCACUUUCUCUCAUACUAUUUUUAUUGAUACUCCCCUCCCGCCCCCGACCUUUUUGACUAUUUAAGGAUUUUUUUGAAUUCUCCUUAGGGUGAUGGUCUUCUUUACAAAUUUUCUUUUGUACCCCUUCUCACAAAUAGGUGCCUGUGUUUUGGUGAUGGGUGGGGGGGGGGUUGUCUGUACUAAGCACUUUUGGGGAAAAAAGCUAGAAAUGUGAAGCCUGGAGAGAGGCUCGGGGAACAAAUGGGGGGACUUUUCGUUUUUGAGAAUUUUCUGUGUUCCCAUUUUUCGGAAAGAGGGAAAGCCCCGUUUCCUCUCGGAGUGUUUUUACGUUUUUGUCCAUCGUUCGGCUGCACUCAGUGGCUGUGUAGGUCCUUCUUCCCACACCCUCCGCAGAUGUUCAGCCCUGCGGUGAAUUUAUUUACCACUCCAGCGGAGGCAAUCAGAUCCUUUAGGAACCGAGUCUCUAAAAAAGGAAGGUUGCUACAGCUUGGCCUUCUUUUUCUUGAUGUCUCUCUGGAAAAGAUGAAAAUGAAUAGGGCACAGGAAUAGCCUGCACACUGAGUGAAAAGAAGGUGACAGGAAAGUCCAAGAAAGAAAGAAUAAAGUUGAAGUGUUAGCAUGCAUUUUCUCUCUCUAGAUAAGAAUGGCAUAAAUGUGUUUAGGCAAGAGGCCCUAGUUUGUUCCUAAAAUAAUUGUGCAUCUGUAAUUUAGCCUUGUAGAAGAAGAAAACAUUCCGACUAGUUUCCAGUGCAUUUAAAUUAAACACCAAGUCCUCGGAUUGUAAAUUGAAGGAAAUUUAUCAAAAAAGUGCUUUUCUCUUAGCAUCAGUCUUCUUGUGAGGAAACAUAUGCUAUGAGUCAGAUUGAAACGAAUUACCUGGAUUGUUCCAUAUUUGUCGUCAGUGAGCAUUUGUUCUCCUCAAAUACUAGAGAAAAGUUAAAACACCUAAAACUAAUUUUGCAGAUCUGGUGGCCGUGCUAGUAGGGUCAGUGUCUACACUUUGGUGGCCACAAAUGCCCAGCUGAAGGGAAUGACCACUGGUCACUGGUUUCUCCUCACGGGUUGCAGUUCUCUUGGAAAUGCUGGAACAGUAGCAGUCAAUUGUAAUUUUUAAUGGAGAAGCAGAGGGUGGCUUUAUAACUUAUGGGACUCCUUAGCUGACAUAAAAAAAUGGCAAGAAAUAACUUGCAUUGCCAGGAGGAUCAGUUGGUGGGAAUUUACUGCCUCUUCUGCCCUUUUAGUUAAUAUCCUUCCAAAGAGAGAUGUUAUAAAAAUGGAAGAAGCCAUGAUACUUUUUAGUAUGGAAUAUAUUAAAGUAUAGUUCAUAAAGCAUAAAAUGCUGAGCUGAAAACCCAAGUUUCUACUGUGACUGUCAUCACCUCACUGAUACUACUUUACUUUUCUGUGCUUUUGUUUUUCUUCCUAUAAAAAGGCACUAAUAAUAAUUUUUGACACUCUCCUUACCUGGAGAUAACAGAAGGAUACUACAGUGAAUGGUAAAUAAAGCUCCUUAAAUAAAGGGUGCUAAACAAAUACAUAAAAAUCUACUUUCAGAAAAAGGUAGUAUUCUUUCCCACACUGAUACCUACUAAUUCUAUAUGGACCCAAAGACGAAGGAUGGGAACUGUAUAACAAUUGUAAGUCUGUGUCUGUAUUAUAGAUAUGUGUGUGACAAAUUUAAACAGAAUGAAAUGAAGACAAUAAUGGGAAAUUGUUUGGGGGAAGGGAAUGUGAUAAAGAGAUUAUUAAAUGUAUG